AUGUGUGGUAUUUUCGCCUGCUAUAGACACCCAGAUGUCCAAAAGUUCAAGCCAACGGCCCUGAAAAUGGGCAAGGCUGUCCGACAUCGGGGACCCGAUUGGAGUGGCAACUGGGUAGCGAACGACACUAUCUUGGUACACGAGCGUUUGAGUAUUGUCGGUGUUGAUACUGGCGCCCAACCACUCGUCAACGAUGAUGAAACCGUCUCCCUAGCCGUCAAUGGCGAGAUUUACAACCACCGCAUCCUCCGCAAGUCCCUCAAGAAGCCGUACAACUUCAAGACACACUCGGAUUGCGAGGUCAUCAUUCCGCUGUACCUCGAGCAUGACAUCGAUGCGCCUCGAAAGCUGGACGGCAUGUUCUCCUGGGUGCUUCACGACAAGACUCAAGACCGUGUAAUUGCAGCACGCGACCCCAUUGGUGUCACUACCUUUUACAUGGGCAGGUCGAGCACAACACCGGGCGCGGUAUACUUCGCUUCUGAGCUCAAGUGCCUCCACCCCGUAUGCGACAACAUCAUCUCCUUCCCUCCUGGUCACGUCUACGACUCUAAGACGGACUCGCUCACGCGCUACCAUGAUCCCAAGUGGCUUGUUGAGCCCGAGAACAUUCCUACCACACCAGUAGACUACAAGGAGCUGAGACAAUCGUUUGAGCGAGCAGUGCGGAAACGCAUGAUGGCAGAGGUGCCAUUCGGUGUGCUCCUGUCUGGUGGUCUUGACUCGAGUCUUGUGGCAUCGAUAGCACAGCGCGAGACUCUGCGGUUGAACGAGGCGAUAAGGCAGAAGGCAGUGACGUCUGGUGCAAAGGCGAGCGAUGAGCAGAGUCAGCUUGUGGGAAUCGAUGACUCCAACGAGCUUCAGACGGAUCUCCUCCUGGGACAACUCAACUCGUUUUCGAUUGGUCUGCCCAACGCUCCCGAUGCCAUUGCAGCACAAGAAGUGGCCAACUUCCUGGGAACAAAACACCACACCUUUACUUUUACCAUUGAGGAUGGUCUCAACGCGCUUACCGAUGUCAUCUACCACCUGGAGACAUUUGACGUGACGACGAUCCGAGCCUCAACCCCUAUGUUCCUGCUGAGCCGAAAGAUCAAGGCCAUGGGCGUCAAGAUGGUGCUUUCAGGAGAAGGCAGUGACGAGAUCUUUGGCGGCUACCUAUACUUCCACAACGCACCCGACAAGGCGGCGUUCCACCAGGAAUGCGUCCGCCGAGUCAAGAACCUCCAUCUGGCCGACUGCCUGCGCGCCAACAAGUCGACAUCUGCUUGGGGCGUCGAAGCCCGCGUGCCCUUCCUGGACAAGGACUUCCUCAACACAGCCAUGAACAUUGACCCCGCAGACAAGAUGAUUGACCGCAAAGCGGGCCGAAUCGAAAAGUACAUUCUUCGCAAAGCUUUCGACACAACCGACGAGCCGGACACGGCGCCAUACCUUCCCGAUAAGAUUCUGUGGCGUCAAAAAGAGCAGUUUUCCGACGGUGUCGGCUAUGGCUGGAUCGACGCGCUCAAGGAUAACGCCGAGCUCCACGUUACCGAUGAGAUGAUGAAGAACCCCAAGCCCGAGUGGGGUAGCGAUAUCCCGGAUAGCAAGGAGGCGUACUGGUACCGCUGCAUGUUUGACGAGCACUUCCCCAGCUACUGUGCUGAUACGGUGAUGCGCUGGACGCCUACGUGGAGUAACCAGACGGAUCCUUCUGGACGUGCCAUUGGCGUGCAUGAGCAAAAGUAUGACAAUGCGCAGUAG